CCCCGGAAGUGACCCACGUGCCUUCGCUGUGGUCUGAACUGGGCUGUCUGCAACUUUUUAUCCCUCCUCCUUUCCUUUUUCAUCCCACUCCCGCCUUCCCCCCGAAGUUGGCGGGUUUUUUUGGGGGGGUGGAAACGUGAGCCGCCUUUGGCCGUGGACUAGAAGAUCUGAAAGUUGCCUUCUACCUGCUGGGCCGAGAUGGAUCCGCUGAGGGCCCAACAGUUGGCAGCGGAGCUGGAGGUGGAGAUGAUGGCCGACAUGUACAACAGAAUGACCAGUGCCUGCCACCGGAAGUGUGUGCCCCCCCACUACAAGGAAGCAGAGCUGUCCAAGGGCGAGUCUGUGUGCCUGGACCGGUGUGUCUCCAAGUACCUGGACAUCCACGAGCGGAUGGGCAAGAAGCUGACGGAGUUGUCUAUGCAGGAUGAGGAGCUGAUGAAGAGGGUGCAGCAGAGCUCUGGACCUGCCUGAGGCCGCAGCCUGCCUCCACCUGGGUGCACUUUGCCCCUUCCCUCUUAUUUGAUGAAAGUGCCCCCUGGUGGGUGUCAUGUAUGAAGACUGCCAUACCUAGGCUUUCUGGAGCAGCUCCAGGUGCUCCAGGUGUGGUAGAGCUCUCUCCUGAUUGAAGAAGGGGUAUUUGUCACACUGGUAUGUGACUCUGUGUAUAUUGUAUAUAUAUAUUAAAACAAGUGUGUCAACACUGA